UAUAGAUGGGGGCUCUAGGAUCAAGGUGCCAGCACCCAAAAGAUGGGCAAGAAGGCUUUGACAACUCGUUUGGAGAAUGAGUUGUAUUCAAAGUUUUAGGGGUAAUCAGCAUUAUCAACCUGCUGAUUGUCAUAAUCGCAUUAUUUUCACUGUGAAAAUUAAGAAGAACUCAUGACGUUUCUAGAUUUAGGUUCGUAUCCUUGUCAAUAGUAUUGUUGCAGAUUAUAUUAUGCAUAGCUUAUUGGACCCACUUUGUUCAGAGUGGAUCAUUAUUGGCCCAAAUAAUCUUCCAGAUGACCCAAGAAAUAGUCAAAUAUAUUGGGUUUUACUAUUGAGUUUAUUUCUUCACUGCUCAAGCAGUUGAAAUAUUAUCAAACAAAGAUAACGACUUCAUUUACUAUACUAAGCUAGGCCUCAUUUCAACAAGUGGUAUUCAAAUAGUGCACUGAAUUGUGACUAUUGUUCUUAUACUAAUCAGAGAUGGAGCUAAAUAACAACUUUUGUAGGAACAAUUUAUGGGUCAUGAUGAGAUUUCUCGGCCUUGCAGUCACCUUCGGAUUCAUCUUCAUCGGCUGGAGGAUUCAGCAAAGUAUCCUCAAUCCUCUUCUUAACAAACAGAGGAAACAGAAUGAAAGAAUUGAAGAUAGAAUUAAAGUCAACAGCAGAGAUCACUUGAAUGUUGACUUUAAAGAAAAAUUAGUUGAAAGUGCUCCUAUUGAUGAAUCAACUCCUAAUGGAGGAAGCCGUAUUUCAUAUAUUGAGGAAUACAAAGAUAGAUUUGGUUCUGAGACUGCUGAGACUAUAAACAUCAAAAUUAAAGGUAAAAAGAAGCAAUUACGAGUUAUGUGGACUAUCCUAUGGGUUAUCCUAAUUAUCUGAUUCUUUGAAAUGAUACUGAGUGCUACCCAAAGAAUAAAAUCUCACAUUUGCCGAGAGUUAUUUCAAAACCAUGUGCUUGAUAGCAUCCUACUUUUCCUUGCUGGAUGGAUUGGACUUCUUCUCUGGACUUGGCCAUUAAUCUAUGUUUAUUGGGCAAGAGAAUAUUGGAUGAGUUGUAGAUACAAAAAGAAACAGCAGGAUGAAAACGAAGAAGAUAAGCACAUUGAAGAAUACUACAAAGAUAAUUCCAAGGAGAAAAUUAACGGAACCGAUAACCCUCUUCCGAAGCUCAUGAUUAAAACUGGCUUUAACGAGAGUCAAGAGAUUGUAGAGUAAGCAAGAUUCUUAUCGAUCUCUUCAAAAUCUGAUCAAGCCCUAAACUAAGACAAAAUUAAUUAUUAUUU